AUGGCCUAAUAAUCCGCCGAAUUCGCACAAAAAGUUGAUGACUCUCAUAAAGGUUAAGACGACGAUAAAAAUUAACCUUAGGAAGUGAAACAAUAAAAUGAAGAGAAAAAUGAAGCACCAAAGACAGAAAACAAAGUUCCUAGUUUGUUUGGAUCAUUGAUCAAUGGAUAAAAUUUAUUCACUAACAAUUAAACAUCUUCCAUUUUUUAAGGAAGUUUGUUUGGGUCAACCUAGCCAACAACUGGAAUUUUUAGCACAGGACCUCCUGUUUUAGGCAAUGCCAAUGUAGAUCUCACAAAACCAGGACCAUCCUUGUUUGGUAUUAGUUACACAGCACCAAAGUCAGAUGAUAGCGAGCCAGGAGAAGAUGAUGGAUAAGAUGAUUAGAAACCAGAGGAUGAUGAACCAUAACAAAUAGUAAUGAAAUAUGAUUACACUUAAAACACAGAUCAAUUAGUAAAGGUCAAUGUUGAAAAGUUUAGAAAAAAUACAAAUGAUAUUUUGGAGAAGGGAUCUGUUGCUAUUGAAAAAACAAAAAAUGGAAAUGCUUAUUAUCUUGUUUAUAGAAAUGCAAUUUAGUAAUCAUUUUAUACUGGGUAAUUUGUCAAAGGAUUCUCAGAGAUCAAACCCUUGGGAUAGAAGCCAGAAAAUUUAAUUAUUAAAGCUAUCAGCAGAAAAGAAAAAUAGUAUAGAAGAUAAGAUGAGUAAGGUGAAGAUGAAAAGAAAUCAAUAUCUGUUGACAUAUUAAAAGUAAUGUUCACAACCAAAGAGGGAUCAGAAGAGUUUAAAACAGAGUUUGCAAAAAUAUUUUAAUGAUAUUACAUAUUAAAUGAAUUUUUA